CCGCUCGCUGCACGUCUCACCACACCGCCACCAGUCGUUGUCCCAUCCACCCCUACGGUCCCUCUCCAGUACCAUAUCUCUGCACCACCUAUCCCCUCCUUCGCACGUCGUGAUCCCAUCGAUCUCGUCGCCAUCGUAGGCUCCAAGGUCAGUGCCGUCAUCAAAAGACUGCAGGCCAUUUUCGAUCGCAAGGACCAGUUGCUCGACAUCCCCCACGAUCAUCGGCUCGCCCUUCAGCGCAUCGGCGACAGGCUCGAGUGGAUACUCGACAACAUCGAGAACGGCUCUUCGUGGACAUGCAGUCAGCAACAGAACAUUGAUUGGUUCUGUAAGGAGUUUGGGAAGGUCAAGUUUAGUGGACUUGGACAAAACUUUGAGCGUGUUGUCAAAGCUCUGGUCGAGUUAGAACAUUUUGGGUACUUAGAUUGGAUUGUCGUUUAG